GUCCUGGUCCUGCUCGGAGAGAAAGAGAGAGAGAGAGAGAGAGAGAGAGAGAGAGGGAGAGAGACAGAGAGAGAGACGACAUCAGCAGCAGCAGCAGCAGAAGCAUCGCGCUAUUCCGGGGAAACACCAUGCAUCUUAGGCUGAAAAGACGAGCGGAGCCUCUCGUCAUUUCGCUUUCUUAUUUUUGAUUUCCGUUUUUUUGUUUCGUCUUUCCUUUCCUUUUUUUUUCACCCCCCUCUCUCCUUUUCACCCAAUCGCUGACGCGCAAGGACACUACAGCAUCCAUCCCCGGCAGAACCGCUCACAUAGAGCAUCCUCUGUACGGACGCACCACCACCACCACCACCAUCCUCCUCCUUCCUUCCUUCCUCCUACUCUUCCUCCUCUCCUCUCUCCUGUUCUGUUCUAACCCAGAGGACAUCAUCAUCGGGACCUUUUCUCCCCCCGUAUCCGCCCGGAGACAUGGAUCUAUGGUUUCAUUCGAUCCGGAUUUGCUGGUGGAGGGUUUUGUUUCUGAUGAGUGUUUUUCAGGACUAUCUGAGCUCCAUGCUGGACUGCCCGCCGACCUGCAGCUGCUCUCAAACAGAGAUCUUUUGCAAUAAGUCCGACAACGGCAGGUUUUUCCCUUUACUGGCGCUGCAAGACACUGGGAGCAAUGGGACCAGCGUUGACAUAGCAGAGUUAUUCAAAAACAUCAGCACCAUACACAUAGAGAACUGGACAGGAUUGCAGACUCUCAGAGACGUCGAUAUGGAGCUCUACACUGGACUACAGAGACUAACUAUCAUGAAUUGCAACCUGAGGGUGAUCCAGGCUCGAGCGUUCGCUCAGAACCCACACCUACGCUACAUAAACUUGUCAAAGAAUCCUCUCAGCACUCUGUCAUGGCAGCUCUUCCAGCACCUCCAACUCUCCGAGCUGCGUCUGGAUGGCGUGGUGUUCGAGUGCGGAUGUGAUAUCCGCUGGAUCCAGCUGUGGCAGCAGAGAGGAGAGGCCGCACUCCACACACAGAUGUUGUACUGCAGGAACGGAGCGUCCAAGAUACGACUGCACAACAUGUACAUCAACAACUGUGACUUACCAGAGAUCAGUGUGAGCCACAGCAGUGUGUUGGUGAUGGAGGGCGACAAUGUGACGGUGAGCUGCAACGGAUCCGGAUCACCGCUGCCUGAAGUGGACUGGACAGUCAGCGGGCUGCACUCCAUCAACACACACCUGUCUAAUGUAUACUGGCCGAACAUCCACUCUAUCAACCUGACUCUCUCCAACAUCAGUCGCGAUGACAACAACUUCCAGCUGACCUGCAUCGCGGAGAACGUGGUGGGGAUGACCAACUCCUCCAUCCAGCUCAAUGUCCAAUUUCCUCCGGUCAUUAUGAGACUGGCCGAGCCCGAGCAGCGCCACGACACCUGCAUCGAGUUCACGGUCCGCGGCUACCCUCACCCUAAGCUGCGUUGGUUCCACAAGCACAAAGAGAUUCUCCAGAACGAGUACAUCCGCACCGAGAUGGACUUCUACCAGGACUACCUGGAGGGCUGUCUAACUUUCCAGAACCCGACGCACAUCAACAACGGAAACUACACUCUGGAGGCCAGCAACCCUCUGGGAACGGUUACCAAAACGGUGUACGGUCACUUCCUCACGGCGCCGGGCCCCGACGACGAGGUGGAACUAGUUCCUUCAACGCCAUCAGACGGAGAGUUAGGCCGACCAGAUGAAGACACAUUUGGGGUUUCCAUCGCUGUGGGUUUGGCGGGCUUCGCUUGCGUCCUCCUCCUCGUCCUAUUUGUUCUCAUCAACAAAUACGGCCGGCGCUCCAAAUUCGGUAUGAAAGGUCCGGUAGCUGUGAUCAGUGGCGAGGAGGACUCUGCCAGCCCCCUGCAUCACGUCAACCACGGGAUCAUAACCCCCUGCACGCUGGACGCGGGUCCUGAUGCGGUCGUCAUAGGGAUGACUCGCAUUCCCGUGGUGGAGAAUCCGCAGUACUUCAGACACGGACACAACUGCAACAAACCAGCAACCCUUGUCCAGCACAUAAAGCGGAGAGACAUCAUCCUGAAGAGGGAGUUGGGUGAAGGAGCGUUUGGGAAAGUCUUCCUGGCAGAGUGUUACAACCUCUGUCCCACAAAGGACAAGAUGCUGGUGGCUGUCAAGACACUGAAAGAUCCCAAUCUCUCUGCCAGGAAGGAUUUCCAGAGGGAGGCCGAGCUGCUGACCAAUCUGCAGCACGACCACAUCGUUAAAUUCUACGGAGUGUGCGUAGACGGAGACCCUCUCAUCAUGGUCUUUGAAUACAUGAAGCAUGGAGACCUCAACAAAUUCCUCAGAGCCCACGGCCCUGACGCCAUGAUCCUGGUCGACGGCCAGCCUCUGCAGUCCAACGGCGAGCUGGGCCUUUCCCAGAUGCUGCACAUCGCCAGCCAGAUAGCCUCGGGCAUGGUCUACCUGGCCUCACAGCACUUUGUCCACAGAGAUCUGGCAACCCGCAACUGCCUGGUGGGCAACGGUCUGCUCGUCAAGAUUGGAGACUUCGGCAUGUCCAGGGAUAUCUACAGCAGUGACUACUACAGGGUCGGAGGACACACCAUGCUACCUAUCCGCUGGAUGCCUCCGGAGAGCAUCAUGUACAGGAAGUUCUCCACGGAGAGCGACGUGUGGAGCUUCGGAGUCAUCUUGUGGGAGAUCUUUACCUACGGGAAGCAGCCGUGGUUUCAGCUUGGAAACAACGAGGUCAUCGAGUGCAUAACCCAGGGUCGGGUUCUGGAGAGGCCGAGGAUCUGUCCUAAAGAGGUGUACGACAUCAUGCUGGGCUGCUGGCAGAGGGAACCGCAGCAGCGACUGAACAUUAAGGACAUUCAGAAGGUCCUGUUCGCCAUGGGAAAAGCCACGCCGGUCUACCUGGACAUCCUGGGCUAGCGGCCGCCCCCCCGACCCCCCCACCCCCCUCCCCCUGCGAUGGCCCGUUCCUCGCCAGACAGACAGACGGAUCGACAGAGACAGACCGGCCCACAAAACGAAAUCCAGGAAAAAAACCAAACCAACCUGCUCCACUGUCGAAAAAAAACACCUACAAUGUUUGGGAAGGACUUAAGUGCCUGCAACACUUUUGGAUAUAGUGGAUAAAACAUAUUCAAAAAAACACGCACUUUUACAUUUUGUUUACUCGCGUAUUAGAUGUACAGGUUUGAAGAAGACUUUUUUUUCUCGGAAAAACUGCAAAAACACACAAAAAAGGGAAGCGGAGCGAACUGGCAAAUAGGAAAAAUGGCCACCGUUUGAUUGAGUUCUGGAGAGAAGUUAAAAUCUAUCCUGGGUUGGUUUUAUGAAUAUAUAUAGAAAUAUUACAUAUAUUUUAUAUUUAUUUCUUUUUGUCAGGGUGUUGGAGGGUCUGCCAUGCGUAGUUGCUAAGGGCUCAGCCCUGUCCGAAGACGUCACCCGACAAACUAUUGGCAGGGACUCGACGAUGGCAGCCCCUCACUUUCACUCUGAGGGUCCGCCACUGAGCUUUUAAUGGGAACUCUGCUUCUGUGGAAUAACACUGGAUGGUUGCGAAAAAAAAGGGAAAGCGCUCUUUAGAGGACCUACCCAAUCAAGACAACCGACAAAUCUAUUUUAAUUUAAAAAUAAUGUACAUAUUGUAAAAUUCUAUGUGUCAAAAUUAUGUUAACUUAUUUUUCGGGGUGUUCUUUUUGGUUCCUUUUUCUGACUGUGAUCUGGGUGGCUAAAGUAUAAAGCUAUGGUAUUUGUUCUCAUCCUAAUCCGAGGGGAGUGUUCUCUUGGGAAUUACCUGUGUCACUGCUUGGUAAGUUGUCUCAUGUGGUGAAGGUGAAUGGCGGUGAAAGCACUCGGAAAAAAGUGCGCUGACGCUGAUUCACAGAGACUCUUAAAGGAUGGGGGACGACUCAGAGCCAUCAACGCGACACUUUUUCCCAAAGAGGUGAUGAAACCUUGCAGUCACUUUCCAGUUCAUUUGCUUUUUAUGGCGAGAAUAAUGUGUCGAUGAAUAAUAUCUUGCACCACACUUCCAAAACACUCACACACGCUUUGAGAAACUGUUCUGUCACUUUCAGCCUUUUUUGGUGUGAAACUGCUUUUCUGCUCUUAAAAAAAAAAAAAACCUUUUUGUAACUGAAAGUAUAAAUCAUUUGUUAGCCGCAGUGUGAGCCCUGCGUACACAGCUAAAGAAAAACCUGGAACACAAAGGGAGAGUCCGACUCUGCUUUCCUGCCUGGAGAUAGACCAGAAGAUUGAUAUCACUUAUAAAAAAUUCAGCAAAAAUAUGGAGCGCAUUAACCACACUACCUUAUUCAGAUGAAGACAGGUGAACAGAGUGUCGGGAACAGUGGACAGAUGUUGCAGCUUUUAUCCAUCAAUCUCAAAUUCAAACUUUGAGUUGUAUAACUAAACUUUCCGUAUCUCUACAUGGGUUUGGGUUAACCUCCACAUCAUCACUCGACCACCUGACGUCUGGGCCUUAGGAUGAACUGUAUAUAAGAUGUGGACAUAGUAACUUUCACAUCACCCAUUGAUUUUUAAACACCUUUUUAAAGCCUCAUGUUUGGCAUCAAGAAAAGGAAGUGUGUCUAUGUUCCCUCAGCAAUAUGUUCCCUCAACCCUAAGAUCCCUCAACCAUGUGUUCCCUUAGCCCUAUGUUCCUUAAACCCCAUGUUCCCUUAGCCUUAUGUUCCCUAAACCCUAUGUUCCCUUAGCCUUAUGUUCCCUAAACCCUAUGUUCCCUUAACCUUGUGUUCCC